ACCUUACCUGCUCAAGGUGAGGGGUCAAUGAAACAACAAGAAAGCAAAGCAAAGAAAAGCUCGUGGCAAAGGAAAAAAGUUAUAUAGCUAGUUAAGAAAAAGCCUUAAAAAAAGCUGAUUUCAUAAAGCAAUACUACCUUUUUCUCUCUCUUCAUUCCUUUCCUCCUUCUGUUUUUUUUUUUUUUUUUUUUUUUGCCAUUAUCACCUAUCAUCUUUCUUUCAACGAAUAAAGCUGAAAUCCCACUCACUAUUACAAACUUCACCACCACCAGCUGUACUGUACCUUACUGCAACAGGUUCUCUGAAUUUAUUGGUUUUUCUUAGCUUAUUAUAGCUCUCUCAAACCACUCCACCCAUGUUAGAUAACACAGUUAAUUCCUCUUCUGAUGCCACUACUGCUUUUGCAUUAUCAGAAAAUGGGGGUGCUAAUAACAAAAGAAAAAGAAGACCAGCAGGCACACCAGAUCCAGAUGCUGAAGUUGUGUCUCUAUCACCAAAGACUUUGUUAGAAUCAGACAGAUAUGUUUGUGAGAUCUGUAACCAAGGGUUUCAAAGAGACCAGAAUCUUCAAAUGCAUAGAAGAAGACACAAAGUACCAUGGAAAUUGUUGAAAAGAGAAACAACACAAGGAUUAAAAAAGAGAGUAUUUGUUUGUCCAGAACCAAGUUGUUUGCAUCAUGAUCCAUGUCAUGCACUAGGUGACCUUGUUGGAAUCAAGAAACAUUUUAGAAGAAAACAUAGUAAUCAUAAACAAUGGGUUUGUGACAAAUGCAACAAAGGUUAUGCUGUUCAAUCUGAUUAUAAAGCACAUAUCAAAACAUGUGGUACCAGAGGACAUUCGUGUGAUUGUGGUCGUGUGUUUUCCAGGGUGGAGAGUUUUAUAGAACAUCAAGACGCAUGCACAAUCCGAGGGAAACACCAACCAGAGUUCCAAGCAACAACAAUGCAGCCUGCAUGUUCUUCUAGAACUGCUUCAAGCACAAGUCCAUCUAGUGAGGCAAAUUUUAGUAUAUCUGCCCCAUUACAAGGAUUACCAGUGCUUCCAAAACCACCUGAUAAACCAUUAUCAGCACCUACCUUAUUAACUAAUUCAGAUAUACAUAACAAGCCUUCCACUUCUCAUCACCACCAUAACUUAGAACUUCAACUCUUACCUUCCUCUAUAAACCCUCAAGUGGAAAAAUCAAAUUCAAACGAUCAAAGCUACGAAACACACUUGAAACUUUCGAUAGGAAAUAAUGAGUCAGAGAAACAAAGGAAUGAUGUAUCCACAUUGGAACUAGCAAGGUUAAAAGAGUUUACUAGUGAGGAGCUAAAGUUGGCAAUGGCAGAAAAGGCUUAUGCAGAAGAAGCUAGAAAAGAAGCUAAACGUCAAAUUGAGAUAGCUGAAGUUGAGUUUGAGAAUGCAAAAAGGAUAAGGAAACAAGCACAAGAUGAACUUGGAAAAGCUGAAGCUUUGAGAAAACAAGCUAUUAAGAAGAUAAGUAACACUGUUAUGGAAGUAACAUGCCAAGCUUGUAAGCAACAAUUUCAAUCUUCAACUUCUGGUGUUCCAUCAGAAGAAACAUCCAUUGUUAUGGGUUACAUGUCCUCAGCCACCACAGAAGGGGAAGCAGAAUGACACAAACAUAUGCCUCAAGAGAAAUUAAAGAUGAUACAUUGCUGGAAAAGUUAAUUUACAAUAAGUCAUAUGGUUCUUUCUUUCCCUAUUCUUUUUUUUUCUUUUCUUUUGUUUGACUAGCUGAAAUUGUAUUACUUGAAGAAGAAAAAGUUCAUAUUCUUUAUUAAUAUGGUUGUCGAGAUGCAGUGUUUAGGACUUUAGAGGUUUGAUCAGUCUCUGACAGCUAUUGAACAAGGUUUGCUUUAAAUGUUUUGUAACUUUUUUCAUUGGUUUAUUGACAUAUUCAUUGUUCAUUUGUUACUAUAUUAAAAAGAUCAAAAUAAUAUGCGAGGUUAGCUUUACCUUUAA